UAUAAGCCCAACCAAACCGAAGGUUCAAGAACCAGAGAGAGAAGCUCAGGGAGCAGCUGAAGCCGUUGACAGAUACAGAGCAAUACAGAGAGUUUUUGGCAAUGGCGGAUGGCAUCUUGGGAUACCCCUUUAGGCGUCUCUUCUGGAGCCCCACCCUUUAUCGGGAUUGGUCUGGAUCUGCAGCUCUCAUGGACUGGAUCGAGUCCCCAAAUGCCCACAUCUUCAAGGUCAACGUCCCAGGAUUUGCCAAGGAGGACAUAAAGGUGCAAAUUGAAGACGGGAACAUUCUGCACAUAAGAGGAGAAGGUGCCAAGGAAGAGUUGCCAGGGAAGGACUCGGUGUGGCACCUAGCCGAGCGAGGGGCGAACCGGAGCGGAUUUGCUCGGGAAAUCGAGCUGCCGGAGAACGUGAAGGCGGAUCAGAUCAAGGCCCAGGUCGAGAACGGCGUUCUCACGGUGGUCGUCCCCAAAGAUGCUUCCCCUAAGCCUUCUAGAGUUCGCAAUGUCAACAUCACUAGUAAGCUCUAAGGCAGUAAGGCUUCGCUUGCCUUUCGUUGUUGUGCCUAUCCUAUGAUGUGUAGAAUGAAAAUGAUGACGCUUCCU